GCAACUGUUUGGGUAAUGAUUACACCCCUGUUGUGCACACAGUCAUUGAAUGUGCAUGAGAUAGUAUGUAAAGUGUAUUGGCGGAGGAUGUUUAUUUUCUGCACGAGUUAUUUAUUAUUGACAUUCGCUGUCUUUUGGCUUGAAAUUUAGUUUUCUGGUUUAAUUACCCUGAAAAAGAUUCACUGAACGCAGGUUGUGAUCUCCAGUAUUGGUGCCCAUCAUGGCAGGAGGCAUCACAGAGACCGGGGAGCUCUACUCCCCGUAUGUGGGCUUGGUGUACAUGUUUAAUCUGAUCGUGGGCACGGGGGCACUGACGAUGCCCAAGGCCUUUGCCCAAGCAGGUUGGGCGGUCAGCCUGGCGCUCAUCUCCUUCCUGGCGUUUAUGAGUUACAUGACCACUACGUUUGUGAUCGAGGCCAUGGCAGCGGCCAACGCUCAGCUGCGCUGGAAGAGGAGGGAGCAGGAAGAGGUCCAAGACAGCGACUCCACCUCUGAUUAUUCGGAUGAUGAUGUCCAGGGACGAUCAGAGCCAGAGAUGAAGCCCAUUUUGUCAGUCCAGCGAACAGGAGGAGGACACGUUGAUCACUUUGACAUUGUGGAGAGGGUAGAGAUGGGUCAAAUGGCCUCCAUGUUCUUCAACAAAGUUGGUGUCAACAUGUUCUACAUCUGCAUGGUAGUCUACCUGUAUGGAGACCUGGCCAUCUAUGCUGCUGCUGUACCCAUAUCACUAAUGGAAGUAGCCUGUGGUAACCACUCAUGCAGUGCUGGCAGUGUGAAGUACGACGACACCGACUUGUGCUGGGGGCCUGUCACCAGGAAAGAUGCCUACAAGGUGUUUCUGAGCAUCUUCACAGUGAUGUUGGGCCCUUUCGUCUUCUUCGAUGCUCAGAAGACCAAAUACCUCCAGAUCCUCACCUCACUCAUGCGCUGGAUCGCGUUCACCAUGAUGAUUAUCCUGGCUCUGAUCCGUAUUGGUAAAGACCGGGGCGAAGGCCACCCCCGUAUGGCCCAGAUCUCUGGGGUGCCAAACCUGUUUGGAGUGUGUGUCUACUCCUUCAUGUGCCAGCACUCCCUGCCCUCCCUGGUGACGCCCAUCUCUGAUAAGAGGCGUGUGGGAACCCUGGUGGUGUGUGACUAUGUCCUCAUCCUUGGCUUCUACGGCCUGCUCUCCUUCACAGCCAUCUUCUGCUUUGACAGCUCCCUGCUGCACGACAUGUACACCCUCAACUUCACUGACAACUGUGACGUGCUGGACAUCCCCGCGUUGCGCUACUUCCUGGGCCUCUUCCCCGUCUUCACCAUCAGCACCAACUUCCCCAUCAUCGCAGUCACGCUGCGCAACAACUGGAAGACCCUCUUCCACCGCGACGGGGGAACCUACCCCUGGGUGGUUGACCGCAUCGUCUUCCCCCUCAUCACCCUGGUGCCGCCCAUCAUCGUGGCCUUCUGCACCCACAACCUGGAGUCCCUGGUGGGCAUCACGGGCGCCUACGCUGGCACGGGCAUCCAGUACGUCAUCCCCGCCCUGCUGGUGUACUACGGCCGGCGCCACCUGGUGCCUAUGCUGGGCACGGACGAGGUCAACAAGCACCGGUCCCCGUUCCGCCACACCUUUUGGGUAUGGUUCGUAGUGGUGUGGGCUACCUUCUGUCUCAUGUUUGUCACAGCCAACAUCAUCCUAGAGGACACCAAGAAAUGAGGACACUGACUGACUGUGAAAGACCGGUUUCUCUGUGUGGGUGUCUUGUAUUUCUACAUUCUCUCUACCUGAGGCCUUCCAGAACUUGGUACAGGUCGGACGGUGUGCCUUUUUAUGCUGCUCUUGUAGCAUGGGAAACCCUUUUUUAAUUACAGCGGUAAUCAGCAGUUGAAACAAUUAUAAAGUGUCCUCCCCACCCCUGUUUCAGUAAAAAGCUUGAGGAUGGUACUGGAGAAAUGUAACCAUUAUCAAGUUCAUAGACCAAGAUAUGCAUGCAAGGACUAGCCAUCCAUGAUAUCGAAAUGAUAGUUUUAACAAUGUUUUAAAGCUAUAUAGUGUUUAUUUACAUUUACUUUGUUUACAAACAGUCCCUGUUUCGGUAAAAAGCUUGAGGUUGGAGCUGGAGAUGUAAACCAUUAUCAAAUUCAUAGACCGAGCUAUGCAUGCAAGGACUAGCCUUCCAUGAUAUUAUAAUUUUUACCAUGUUUUGAGGCUAUAUAGUGUUUAUUUACAUUUACUUUGUUUACAACAUUGCAGUACAACAAGCUUAUAUUAUAGGUACUGAUCAGUUGUGAGAGUUGAACUAAGCGGAUGAGGCAUUUAGAAGCUAUAUUCUUCAAGAAUCAAUGGGCACAUUUAUUAAUUAUAUCAACUGCAGAUCACCCCUUUUAAGAGUAAUCUAUACAAUAUGCGGAAGGGACCAAAUAUCUAGUGAUUGUAUGAAAGCUGCUACCGUAUGUAGGAACACAUGGAAGAGGGCCUUGUUCACUCUGUUCCAGUGUCCCUCUGUAGAUAAAUACAAGCUGAACAAUCAGACUGUAUUAGCAAGGCAUUGCACUACACAACAGCACUGUUUUUAAGCAUAUACAAAGAGCUGGUCAACUUGUUUCCAAAUGCCUAAAAUAACUGAAGGAAGGAUAGAGAAGGGAGGUGUCAGUGUUCCUCUGGACCUUCAGAAACAGUGUUGUGGCUAAAGAAAAAUAGAACCUGACAACUAACUCAGCGCUCCUGUUGCUAAUGGCAAUGCAGAGAGACUUUAAUGCGGCUUUAAAAUGAACUUGGGAUGGUGAAAAAAGCAAGCUAAAUUAAUCUGCGAUAAUCAGUUUAUUAUGGCUGGCAUUUCUACAUUCCUCACUGGUGGCUCUGCCUCAGUUCUCCUUGUCUUCCCUGUGAACAAUGAACCUUUGUCCAUGACAGAUCCCUGACUGAUGGGCCUGAUGGAAGAGCUCCGUCCCUGGUCAUCAGGAGACCGAUCUUGAGUUCAAACUCUGUACACAUACCACCAUCAUGUUUUACUGUUCACCACCAAAUCAUCAGCUUCAUGUCAGCACCCGACUGCUCUCUGUUGAACUUUGACCCCAGAAAGUUAUCAAUGGACACAGGAAGGUUUAUGUUGGCUACAUGGGGAGCCAGGUGGUACGGUGCCUACUGUGCCCACAAAGACACCUCUACAGUAGUCCCAGUAUAUCUCUUUUUGCAAUCACUGGUUUGCUCAUACCAUGAACUGUACUGUUGGUUAAGGUCUUGUAAGUAAGCAUUUCAUGGCAAAGUCUACACUUGUUGUAUUCGGCGCAUGUGGCAAAUAAAGUUUGAUUUGAUUUUAACCAUCUGUCUUGUGCUCGCACGUAACGAGAAUUUCUCAGCUGGCUAAUUUGUUGUCAGCUCUUUACUUGAGGUUUUAUUACAGUUUCCUGUUAGCUCAGUUUGAUCGACUAAUUAGAUUUUACUUCCAGACGUGGGAACAGCCUCUUCGCCCCGAGCUCUGCUCAUGCUAAUGUCCACAUUAUACGCUUCUGUCUCCUCAUUGUCAUGUCCUCUGGUUCUCUCUCUCUCUCAUAUAUAUAUAUAUAUAUAUAGCACACUCCUGGUCAAAAAGGGAAAUGCUUAUUAUGUUGCACCUGCAACAUUGCACAAGUUUGCACAUAAUUGCCUUGGGUUUGACCUUUUCUGUGUUUUACAUAGACUUUUGCAAAUGGUUUAUCAUGAAGAGGUUUAUAAGGGUUGAUAACUAUGGUAUUUAUCUAACAGUCUUCAAUGGUAUUCUUAACCCAUCAAUAUAUACAGCUUGACACUAUUUAAAAUGCAUUAGACUAAUAGUCAUGCAUUGUAGCAUAUUACAUUUUAGUCAUUUAGCAGACGCUUUUAUCCAGAGCGACUUACAGUAGUGAAUGCAUACAUUUCAAUUCAUUUCAUAAUUCUUAUUUUUUUUCCGUACUUAUUGAUGGCAGUACAGUAUUGUUGAGGACUAUUGAAUGAGAGACAUCUCAAUGUGGUUGGUAUUGUGUGUGUUAGGACAGAACAAGAGUGCUCACUAUUUCUGUAACACUGCUUCUCUCAAUAUUGGGUUCCUUCUCUUCAAUCUUGGGUUCCUUCUGGUAAUUAUUGUAAACAUUACAUUUCUGCAUGCAGCUCCUUCCAAAAUGAUGUAGUCAGCUGUUCCUUUAAGGCUUCCAGGUUGUGAUGGGUGGGAUGGUUACUCCUCUUCUUAUCUUCUUUUCAAUACAAAUGUGCAAUAUGCUUUGAACUGGGUUGGGGAAGUAAGAUUUCAAGCGAAUAUUAACUGUUUCUGAGAGUGUUUGUCUGUGUGUGUGUGUCAGUGUAUGUGUCACUUUGAAAAGAUUUUAAAUGCAAAUGUCUGACUCUUAUUUGGAGUUGUGAAAUGUGCCUUUUUCCCGGGGUUAUUGUUUCCAUUCAUUUGUUGACUGUUGUUUUUCCUGGCACGUCUUUGUUUUAAGCAGCCUGUCAGAUAAGAUCUGCAUGUAAGCCACUUAAUUUAACUGACAACCAAUGUCUCCUAAAAUAAACUGGGAUAUCCUUGUCUUCUAAA